UUGAUUUUGAACUUGACCCAUUUGUGUGCCCCGGAAGUUACUGAUUUGUUUAUUCUUGGUGGGUUUCUGUUGCGCGGGAGUUCACUGCAGUGUUAUCUACACAGUCUGUAUUGCUGUAGGCAGCAUGGCCGGACUGGAACCACAUUCUGGCCUAAUUAAAGAUCUUUUUGAAGGUGGUAAGACGCAUGAAGAGAUUUCGUGCACGUUGCAGCAAAUGGGGAUCCAGCGAUGUUCUGCAAUGAGUGUUAGAAGGUUCUGUGUUCAACACGACCUUAAGCGAAAAAGACAUGUAUCGAACACAGAAUUGGAGAGGGCCGUACUUGGAUCAAUAUAUGAGGUACGUUUCAUUUAGGCUUUCACCUUAUAUGUCCUUCCUUUCUCUCAAACUUUAGUGAAUGGCUACAUUUUUCUUAACAGACGGGUCCAUCCUAUGGCCGCAAGUUUAUGACCGGCUAUCUUUCAUCGAUGGGAGUGCGAGCAGGGGAAUGUCGUGUUGGAAAAAUCCUGAAAGAGAUAAAUCAGCCAUACCAUGAACUACGACGUCAGGGUGCUCGUAACCUAAAUCCAGUCCCUUAUCAUGCUGAAUGUAUGGGCCACAAACUUCACCUUGAUCAAAAUGAGAAGCUUGGGAUGUUUGGAGUGACACAUGUAUUGGCAGUUGAUGGCUACAGCAGCAAAAUUGUUGGUAAUGCCACCAUGCCAGUGAAAAACAACCUUGUGAUCUAUGAGGAAGUUUACAGAUCUGCAGUUGUCAAGCACGGGAUGUGGGAUCAGCUAAGAGUCGAUCAUGGCAGGGAGUUCUUCAUGUGCCUGUACAUGCAAGAGAUACUGUCAGGACACAGACACAACCUCAGCAGGCUACCAUAUCUUCAAACAACAUCAACAAAAAAUCUUCGAGUGGAAAGGCUGUGGCCUGAAGUGAACUGCCGGGUAAACUAUCCACUGAAACAAGCCCUGGUACACAUGCUGGACCAAGAAGUCAUCAGUAUGGAAGACAAUGUAACUAAAUUCUGCAUCUCAAACCUGACAUGUCAAGUAAGCCAAAUUGGAUUAUGCAGAGUGGUGCAGUCAUGGAAUGCACACAGAAUCCCAGGUCGCGGCAUACCCAAUGAACUUGCUGCAGAUGGCUGUCCAGCUAAAAUUUCUCCAGAGCUGCUCCCCUCUGCCUCUGUUGUAGCAAGCAUGUAUGAACAAGAGUUUGGUUCCUCGCUGACUUGGGUGCCUGUUUUUGGAACUGACCCCUUUUCAUCUGAGGAGGAUAGGUGUCAUGCAGAACAGGACUUUGCAGAGAACUACCCUGACAUCUCUCUUCUUCUUAAUCAUGCGGUAAACAAUGACUAUACUCCCUUCCAGGAUGCUGUGUUGCACCUCUUGAAUGUAACCCAAAGAUAUGCCUGA